GAGAGUUGCCCUCUAGCAAGUUGAGGAUAAGAAAUCAAUCAGAUUGUGACAUGUUCAUUAACCUUUUUAUGAAAUUCUUGAUAAAGGGUUAAAAGAGCACUGGGUCGUGGUAUUCGCCUAUUUUUCACUUUAAUUAUUUGCCAUCGAGCUCUGUUUAUCAUAAAUUGCUGUCCAUAUCUCGCUUUUUUGUUUUUUUUUGCUUUUAAUUUACUUAUUUUCCAUUACCUAUUUUCCAUUACUACCAACAAUAUAAUAUCGCCAUGGGUUUAUAUCAAGAUCUUUUACCGUUAUCAACUGGGAUUGUUGUUGCAGCUUCGUCAUUUUGCUUGGGUAUUGUUUAUGCCAACUUUCAAUAUGAUUAUAAAACUUUGAUUUUCAAAGAUGGAACUGAAGCUGAUUUUAUAAAUUCAUUAAAUCACUAUACCACUUGGGCUAAUUCCCCACUUAAGAUAUUACAUAUUUUGCAUGUUGUAUUAGGUGUUGGCAUAUUUGGUUUUUGUAUAAAAAUCUGGAAACCAACCGAUGAUACUUAUUUAUUUGAUUAUUCAUGUUUAUUCAUGUUUAUUGCUUCGAUGAUUAUCUACGCUACUAAUUUAAAAAUCGGAGCUGAUAGUUGUAUCCAUGGAGACUGGGGAGAAGUUGACAUGAAGACUGGUAUCAAUGUUAUGGCCGCUUCGCAAAUAAUGGUUGUGUUUCUUUUAACGGGUGUUUUAUUUCUACAAGCUGGUCAAUUUUAUUCUGAAUUUGAUUUCAAAAGAAAAACCGCUAAACUCGAAGCUGAAUAUCGUGAAAAGGAAAACAAAGCUAAAAAAGAAUUGAAUGAAAAAAGUGAAAAGAACAAUCAAAAGAAUUCCAAAAAACACAAAAAUUCCAAAGGUGAAAAGGUUGAAGCCAAAUCAACUGGAGUUGAAGCCUAGAUUAAUGCUAUUAAGCCAACAAUUCCAAAAAAAAUGGCUUUGG